AUGAGUUACUCCAAUUCUGGACUCUUAAAAGAACGAUACAAAGUUGUUGAAAAGAUUGGAAAUGGAGCUUUUGGAGAUUGUUAUCUAUGUCAUGAUACGAAAAAACAAGAUUCAAAAGUGGCUAUCAAGUCCAUUAAAUUUGCAGGAAGCGACACGGAAAAGAUUAUUUCCGAAUGUUCAAGAACAGCCACUAUUCAACACGAACGAUUGGUUCAAGUUCAUGAAUUAUUCAUUUCCAAAGAAUUACAAUCAUUUUGUAUGGUUAUGAAAUUCUAUGAAGGAGAUUUGGAAAAGACCUUGUACAAGUAUCAACAACCACUCUCAGAGAAAAUGUUUUUACAGUUAAUGAAACAAUUGGGAGAAGGUUUAGAUUAUUUACAUUCUGUGAAACAAUUAGUUCAUAGAGAUAUCAAACCAAGAAAUGUGUUUGUGGAGGUUUUUGAUCCUCUUCAUGAUUUAAUUUCAGUAGUGGUUGGAGAUUUGGGAGAAGCUAAAGAGUUAUUGUCAACAACAAAUAAUUCAAUUCGUGGAACAUUGAGUUACAUGUCACCUGAAGUCAUUGCUCAUGAAAAGUAUGGUUUUCCAUCAGAUAUUUUCUCGUUAGGUGUUUCCUUGUAUCAAAUUAUGACACGAGAUCCAUUAGAAACGAGAAUUUCAAUCAAAUUAUUGAGUGAAUCUGAAGACAAGGUGUUGGAGGAAGUGAAAAACAAAAUGAUUACGAGUAGUCAACAAUAUGAAAUGUUUUAUGAUUCGAGGUUGAUUGAAUUUAUUUGUCAAAUGUUGAGAAAGAAUCCACAGGAUCGACCAACAGCGAAACAAAUUAAGGAAUUUGAAUUAUAG